AUGGAUUGGUAUCCGUUCACCACAGAGGAAAAGGCACAAUUAGUACGCUCUUGGAAAGCUAUCGAGUCACAGAAACAAGCGAUAGGAUGUGACAUUUACGAAAUGAUAUUCAAUCAAUGUCCAGAAGCACGCAAAUUGUUUCCAAAGAUGAAGUUCGUGAAUUGUAAACCGGACAAGAAAAGUUGUGAAUUUGCCUUUCAAGGAUUACGAUUUAUACAGUGUCCAGAAGCACGCAAAUUGUUUCCAAAGAUGAAGUUCGUGAAUUGUAAACCGGACAAGAAAAGUUGUGAAUUUGCCUUUCAAGGAUUACGAUUUAUACAGGUCAUCGAGGCAGCUGUGAUGUCGCUGGAACAUUUGUCAGAAUUGGAUCCCAUACUUGACAAUCUUGGGCGGCGACAUGGAAAACUAGAAGUGAACGGAAAAUUUAGGACGUAUUACUGGUCAACCUUCUUGGAGUGCUCGAUAUGUAUUUUCCGUCGAACACUGACAAGCUGUCGUAAAUACCCGGAUAAAGAGAUUGACAGUACGAUUAUCCUGUGGAGAUAUCUAUUGAGGGACGUAAUGAAGAAAAUCAAAGUUGGCUACGAUGCGGAUAUUAACAACCGUAUGACUGCAUUGGCUGUGGAGGACAACAGGAGUUUUUCGUUACCAUCUAUUCGAAAGCAGUCACUUACCUCAGAUGUGAGCGUCGAG